AGCUUCUAUAAGGAAUCAUCCUGGGCACGCACAUAUAAAUACCAGCCCAGGAUCACAAUGUUGAUUCAGAUCUCCGCAGGGCUGAGAAGAUGAAGACCUUCUUGGCAAACCUCCUCCUCCUAGGCCUUCUAGGAGGAUCAUUUGAUUACCUUUCUGCAACCGUAGCACCAAGCAGGAUUUGCAUAUGCGGAAGUGGAGCUGACGUACUUUAUUCUGGUGAAAAUGGAUAUGGUGGAGCCUAUGUAGUAGGAUAUAGUAAUGCUUACGGAGGAGGUUAUGAAAGUGGUUUCGGUGAAGCAUAUGGCAGUGGAUCUGGAGGAGUAUACCGCAGUGGAUCUGGAGGAGGAUACGGCAGUGGAUCUGGAGGAGGAUACGGCAGCGGAUCUGGAGGAGGAUACGGCAGCGGAUCUGGAGGAGGAUACGGCAGCGGAUCUGGAGGAGGAUACGGCAGCGGAUCUGGAGGAGGAUACGGCGGUGGAUCUGGAGGAGGAUACGGCAGCGGAUCUGGAGGAGGAUACGGCGGUGGAUCAGGAGGAGGAUACGGUGGUGGAUUUGGAGGCGGAUAUGGUAGUGGUUAUGGAAGUGGAUACGGAGGUGGAUAUGGAAGCGGAUUCGGUAGUGGGUCGGGAGGUGGAAGUGGUGGAGGAACAUCUAGAGGAUCAAGCAACGGUAUGUCCGGUGGAUCUGGUGGAAUGUCUGGUGGAUCUGGAGGCAUGUCUGGUGGAAUGUCCGGGCGAUCUGGAGGAGGAGGCCUCAUAGGCGUAAAUCUCUUAAAUCGUGGUGAAUCUAGUGGAGGAGACGGUGGCCUCAUAGACUUAAAUGUCUUAAAUCGUUUUGGGGGAAGUUCAGGAAGUGGAGGUGGCUCAUCAAGUGGAGGAAGUGACCUCAUAGGCGUAAAUCUCUUAAAUCGUUUUGGAGGGAGUUCAGAAGGUGAAACCAGUGGAGGAGGAGGUGGAGGUUCGUCAAGUGAUGGGGGUGGCCUCAUAGGCUUAAAUCUCUUAAAUAGUUUUGGAGGAAGUUCAGGAGGUAGAAAUAGUGGGGGAGGAGGAACAUCAGGUGGGGGUGGAGGUACAUCAGGUGGCGGAAGAGGUUCAUCAGGUAGCGGAGGAGGCGGAGGUGGAGGAGGAGGUGGAGGAGGAGGUGGUGGAGGUGGUCUUGGGUUAGGAGGAGGUGGUGGAGGUGGUCUUGGGUCAGGAGGAGGUGGUGGAAGUGGUCUUGGGUCAGGAGGAGGUGGAGGUGGUCUUGGGUCAGGAGGAGGUGGUGGUUUAGGAGGAGGUGGUGGAGGUGGUCUUGGGUUAGGAGGAGGUGGUGGAGGUGGUCUUGGGUUAGGAGGAGGUGGUGGAGGUGCUCUUGGAUUAUGAGAGACUUUUCAUGAGUUUCAGUUUCAUUUCGAUUUCGAUUUCAUCUGCUUUCGAAGAACGUCGCAUUUGUUUUUGUCGAAGAAAGUAAUGAAACAUACUAUUUAUUGUUCCUUAAUUUGAUUAAGAAUUUUUUUUUUUUU